AUGAUUCAACCAUGGGAUUACGCUUCAAUCGAAGCCGCCGAGUCUCUCCUUCAACAAUCAUCCUUUGAGCCCUUCCAACUACAAAACCUCAUCAACGGCGCCCCGACACCCUCCACCAGCGGCGAAUGGAUAGACUCCUUCAACCCAAAAACCGGGCAAAUAUUCGCUCGCGUCCCAAAUAGCUCAGCCCAGGACAUCGAAAGCGCAGUCCAAGCCGCCGAGACAGCCUUCGACUCAUGGUCGCAGACUGCCCCGUCGAAGCGCGCCGCACACCUGAAUCGCAUCGCGACACUCAUCGAAGAACGCCGCGAACUCUUCGCUGUAUGGGAGAGUAUCGACCAGGGAAAGACCCUUGCGCGGGCAAGGGUGGAGAUUGACCGCGCUAUCUCUAACUUCAGGUACUUUGCAACAUACAUCCAACAACAACGGACCGCUGCGCGCUGGACCGACGAUAAUGUGCUGACGUACGAGCACCGCUCCCCGAUUGGGGUCUUUGCGCUCAUCUCGCCGUGGAAUAUGCCGCUGUACCUAUUAACCUGGAAGAUCGCGCCGUGUCUGGCGUUUGGGUGUACGGCUGUUGCGAAGCCGAGCGAAGUUACUAGCGUUUCUGCAUAUUUGCUGGGAAAGGUAAUCCAAGAUGCUGGCCUCCCGCCCGGUGUUCUGAAUCUCGUCUAUGGCGCCGGUAAUCCCACCGGCUCGGCUUUGGUCAAGCAUCCCCGUGUCAGGGGUGUUUCGUUCACUGGUGGUACGGCGACUGGGAUUCAGAUCCGGAGGGAUACCGUCGAGGAUAUAGGGAAGCAUAUCUCGCUUGAACUGGGCGGGAAAAAUCCUACGUUGGUCUUUGACGAUGUUGAUCUUGAUGCUGCUGUUGCGACGGCCGCAAGGGCAGCAUUCGAGAAUCAGGGAGAGAUUUGCCUCUGCGGCUCUCGAAUCUACGUCCAAAAAUCCAUCUACGGCUCCUUCCUGUCCCGCUUCGUCGCCUACGUCCAGGAGCACUACGUCCUCGGGAGGACCGUCGGCGCCGUCGUCUCCCUCGCCCAUUACCGCAAGAUCCGUUCGUAUCUUUCCCUAGCCACCCAAUACCCAGAUAGCUUCAAGCUGGGCUCGGUACCCCCGGAGACACCGGAAGGAGGCUACUGGAUCGCACCAACCAUUCUCACCGUUCCGGACGACAGCCCAAUCAUGAAGGAUGAGAUAUUCGGCCCGGUGGUGACGGUCAGCUCGUUCGAGAGCGAGGAAGAGGUAGUAUCGCGCGCCAAUGAUAGCCAGUACGGACUAGCGAGUGUCCUCCUGACGCGAGACGGAGCUCGCAUGCGCCGGGUGGGCGAGCGGCUGGACGCAGGAAUGGUGUGGGUGAAUUGCUGGCUGGUGCGCGAACUGGGCACGCCCUUUGGGGGGAUGAAGGCGUCGGGUACAGGACGGGAGGGGGGCGAUUAUAGCCGAGAUGUAUUUAGUAAUGUGCGGACGUUGCAUAUUCCUUCCGUUUAG